GUGGAAACAAAAAAUUUGACUUUACAAUGACUACUUCAGCGUGUGGCUAUGGUAUAUACGUAUUAUUAAUGAAAAUAUCAGACUGUCUGUUGGCUUGAAGAUAAUGAUAAUCAUCUUCACUGAUAAAUAGGACAGUACGAGAAGGGGGAGGGGCAUUCAGUACAUUUAGAUAUUCAAUUUCCUCAUGAUCAGGAACAUAAGCCGAAUCCCGAAUCCGAUGCUGAAAGGAAGGGGUAGAGACGUUAAUUCAAGAUAAAGAAGGAAGAAAAGGGAAUGGUAGGAGUGUCUUGUGAUGUUGUUGUUCCCGGAGAUGUGCAGUCAUCACCCUGACAACACCGUGACAACAUCUCCAAGAAAUAAAACGAUGAGUGUUAGAGAAUUGGUGAAAUUGUCAUGUGGUUUUCCACAUGCAGGGGAUAUACUGAGAGAAGCUAUGAUCUCUCAAGUAUAUGCUGAUGUUACUCUUUGCUGCAUUGGCGGUGAAAAAUUCCAUGCCCAUCGAUUAGUCCUCUCCGCAGCUAGUCCCUAUCUCCAGAACGUCUUGUUGGCACAUGGAAGGACAGUAGGUGUUUAUGAACCGAUUACCAUGAUUCUUCCGGAUGUUGAUGGUAACGAUUUAGCUGCUGUCUUGGAAUUCGUCUACACAGGACAUACAGCGGUAUCAGGGGAGAGAUUGGAUUCUUUCUCGAGUACCGCAGAAGCUCUUAAAAUCGACAUACCACCGAUUCCCCGCCCUUUGACAUUGUCCUGCAACGAGAGUCCUUUAACAACGAGUGAAAUGAUAAAAUGUAAGAGAUAUUAUGGAGAGUUCAAUGCUGGAGUUAACAUGACCAAGAGGAAAUUGAAUGAGAAUAAAUCGAUUGGGGAGAUUCCACUCAGAAUUUUAUCACAAAAUAACUGUCUGAAUUUUGAUGAUAAAUAUUUCAACGCAUCGAGAGAAGGAUUACGACCCCGAUUUAGCGUUGCAAAUCGUGUUUCUGCCUCGCCCUGGUGUCAGAUACUACGACCACACAAUUUACCCCGGCUCCAACCGAUUAUCAUCAGAAAUAAUAUACCACCUGGAGAAGAUAUCAUUCAGACAAACACCGAGUCUCAUGAGAAGUUACUUACGACAAGGGAAUUAUAUUCCUCAACCCCAGAUGUUCCACUUGUUCCAGUCGCUCCAGUCGCUCCAGUCGCUCCAGUUACUCCAGCUGAUGAAAUAUGCAGUCAAUCUACUCCGGGUUAUCCUACUAAUGCACCAGAAGGCUAUCAGCAAAUUAUCACCGAGCUGUCAAGAGAGGAUGUCUCUUUCGAUGAAGCAUUAAUCACUCCGCUAGAUAAACCAGUGCCGAGAAAACUCAACUUACUCGAACACAAUAACGAAAAAAUGCAACCAGAUAACACAAACAAAAACGAGAAUGCUCACGAGAAUAAUAAUAACAAUAAUAAUGAAAAAAAUAUUGCAAAACAACACAAAUGUAGCGACUGCGACAAGGAUUUUCUUAGCAGAGCAUCAUUGAAGGUUCACGCCCGCCUGCACUCGGGGGAGAAGCCAUUUCGGUGUAAAGACUGCGGAAAGGGAUUUUCUCAGUUGAGAAAUUACAAAUAUCACAGGAGCAUUCACGAGGGAACACUAGAAUUCUCCGGUACAUGCCCAGAAUGUGGAAAAACUUUCAACGAUCGAGGAUAUCUCGGCUCCCACAUGAAGAUACACAGGAAUAGAAAAGAAUACAGCUGCAAAGAGUGCGGUAAAAGUUUCAAUCAGCGUGUUGCGUACAACAUGCACAUGAGAAUUCACAGUGACAUAAAGCCUCACCAGUGUGACCAAUGCGGCAAAGCUUUUUCAAGAAAAAUGUUACUCAAGCAACAUCUGAGAACGCACUCGGGUGAAAGACCAUAUCAAUGUCAUAUUUGUCAUAAAGCAUUCGCUGAUCGAUCCAAUAUGACCCUUCACACAAGACUCCACUCUGGAUUGAAGCCAUACCAGUGCGAAAUUUGUUCAAAAGCAUUCACGAAAAAGCAUCACCUCAAAACUCAUCUCAACUAUCAUACAGGUGUUAAGCCUUACUCCUGUCCCAACUGUUCUCUUGCCUUUUCACAAAGCAGCAACAUGAGAACUCACUUCAAGAGGUGUUCGGGUAGAGAUAACUCUGUGAAUAAUCAUACUCAUGACAAAAUCUAUGUUAGUAAUCCGCAGGUAUUAGCAUUCUCUGAUGCGUUUACCCCACUCUGUUCAGAUCUUGAACCCUCGAGCAAUGCUACAUCACAGGAUACCAUAAGGUAACACGACUCGAACUACUCUCCCAUCAAAAUAUUUUUACAGUACACCAUAAAAUCAUAAAUUGAGAUUUUAUGGUUUUGUUGAAUGCUCCAAUAAAGGCAUAUUAUUUAUUGUAAAAUCGUACUUCCAUCGAU